AUGGAACAAAGUCAGAAGUGUUGGAGUGUGACUUACACCCAUCAGAAGAUCUGUGCUUUGAAGGGGUCAACAGUGGACAUAUCCUGCUCUUACACAUAUCCCAGUUAUCAUGAGAUCAAACAAGCUUUCUGGUUUACUAAAUGGUCUGGUAUGGAGGCUGAAGAUCUGAGCUCAGUGCCAGGGUAUGAGGGUCAUAUAGAGUACCUUGGGGAUAAGGAGAGUGACUGUACCCUGAGAAUCACAGACCUGAGAUUGAGUGACUCUGCAGGGUUCAGGUUCAGAUUCAUAACAUCUGGAGACAAGUUUUAUGGCUCACCUGUCUCUCUGACUGUCACAGAUGUUGUGUUGGAGAUGGAUCCUACAUCUGUGUCAGAGAGGGAGAAUGUCACACUGAGAUGUAGAACCAACUGUACACUGGACCCCAACACAGCCUACAGUUGGUAUAAGAAUGGACAGUCUCUACCAAACAGCAACACCUCCUCUCCUGUCUAUAUCCUGUUCUCAGUCAGCAGUGAGGAUACAGGCAGAUACUCCUGUUCUGUAGAAGGACAUGAGGAUCUCCCCUCUGCUGAAGAGACUCUCACUGUCACAUAUGGCCCAAAGAACACCUUAGUGUCAGUCAGUCCCUCUGGUGAAAUAGUGGAGGGCAGUUCAGUGACUCUGACCUGCAGCAGUGAUGCCAACCCACCUGUGGACAAAUACACCUGGUACAAGAAGAACGUAACCUCACCAAAAGCAUCAGGACAGAGUUACAGCAUCACUAACAUCAUCUCUGAGGACAGAGGAGAAUAUUACUGUGAAGCUGAGAAUAAAUAUGGACGACUCAACUCUUCUUCUGUGUUUGUGGACGUUCAGUCAGUGUUUCCCUGGGUUCCUGUGGUGGGGGUGGGGGCUGUCCUGACUGCUGGAGCUCUGCUACUCACCAUCUACUGCACUCUGAAGAGGAGAUCCAAGGGAGGAAGUGAUGCCACAGCAGACACACAGAAUGUGACACACUCUCCCAGUGACACAGACCCUCAGAUAGAUGCUGAGCCCUCCGAUUAUGAGAACUGGAGCAAACCACCACAGAACCUGGACAGUGACACAGACCCUCAGAUAGAUGAGCCCUCCGAUUAUGAGAACUGA